AUGUACCGAGAAACCAUCCUCGGCCUGGCGUUGGCGUCCACGUUGGCCGAGAUGAACCCACGCCUCACCGCCCGGCAAGAGAAGGAGAUUUGGCGUGUCUUUGACGCGUCGAUGGUGUCCGCCGUGGCGGAGGCACCGCUGAUGUCGCACGUCUCCGUCCACGUGCCACCGCCAAGCUCCGUGGCGGGUGGCGGGAUGGCUGCGGUGUCCACUGCAGCACCUCAGUUGUACGUUCCAGCACAGGCGGUUGAGGCUACAGAGGAUGUGACACCGUUAGCGACGGCUGACGUGGAGCAACAGCACACCCUCGCUGCGUCGUCUCCUUCUCCGGCCGUGGAGGCACCGUUUGAUGACAGCAACAUCGCUUUCCCUGUCUACCGCGUUUGUGAUGGGGUGUGGACGGUGCUGCUGAAAGACCCGACGGUGGUCGUGCGGGAUGAGUCCGGCAAGUCUGAACAGAUGCAGUUAGAUUACUUGAAGGUGUGCCUGAAGGACAUCAGCGCCACAUCCGGCGCAGCCAAGUCGAAGAAAGCGUACCGCAAGCGCGCAAAGAAGUCGUAA